AUGUCACAAACUUAUGUAAAUCAUAAUCAACAACAAAAAAAAUAUCUAUUCAAGAUUAUUCUCAUUGGCUCCAGUGGUGUAGGAAAGACAAGUCUUCUUAGCCAAUAUGUCCACAAAAGAUACAUUCAACAACAUAAAGCAACGAUUGGUGUAGACUUUCUUACUAAAGAUCUACAACUUAAAGAUAGCAAAGGUGAAACUUGUUCUGUAACAUUACAAAUAUGGGAUACGGCAGGACAAGAAAGAUUCCAAAGUUUAGGAAGUGCAUUCUACAGAGGAGCAGAUUGUUGUGUAUUAACCUAUGAUGUCAACGACCAAACCAGCUUUGAAAACCUUGACCGAUGGAAAAAUGAUUUUAUUCACCAGGCAGCACCAUCAUCACCAUCAUCCUCUCCGAUUCCAUACCAACUAGUUGUCAUUGGAAACAAGAUAGAUAUGGAGAAUCAAAGAUGUGUUUCACAGAAAAGAGCACAAGCAUGGUGCACAGAAAACUCUGUAAUAUCCUACUUUGAAACAUCGGCAAAAGACCAUCAAUUGGUUGAACAGACAUUUGAAAGUAUUGCUAGACAGAUAGUUUUGGCAAUAGAAAAACAGUUUAUCAUUCCAUACCAAAACGCUGACCCAAAUAAGGUGGACAUAAAGAAAUCAGCCAACAAUGAAAAGGAAAAGAAAUAA